GAUAGACAUACUUCUGCUGGCUUAGCGAUACAUGGUUGAGACGCCUAUUGAUCGCGCGUCAUUUAUUUGAUUCACUAUUGCCGUGCAUAAUGCUGGAUCAUCUGUCAUCGACUUCAUAACCCCCUCAAGAGCUUGAUCCGUCGUACAUCAUGCUCGCAACUCUCAUCAGCAUCGCCUUUUACGCAUCUACAGCGCUCACGCUGGCAAUCAUUUUCCUCUCCCCAUCAAGAUAUACACCCCAACUUGCCUCUGAAAGUGAUGGCUCCGACAAACCAAAGACAACCGUCCAAGUUCUUGUACUAGGGGACAUCGGUCGCAGCCCGCGCAUGCAGUACCAUGCGCUCAGCGUAGCGAGAGGCGGAGGCCAAGUGGACAUCAUCGGCUACCAUGAAUCGGAAGUCCACCCCGAGAUCACCGCCCACCCCCGAAUUUCCAUUGUCGCGCUCCCCCCGCACCCGACCUUCCUCCAAACAAGCAACAAGCUUCUCUUCCUCCUCUUCGGACCCCUCAAAGUGCUAUUCCAGCUCGGCUGUCUCUGGUGGAUUCUCGCCUACCGAACCAAGCCCGCCAAAUGGCUUCUCGUCCAAAACCCCCCAUCCAUCCCCACCCUCGCCAUCGCCACCCUCACUAGCCUCCUCCGUCAGACCAGCCUAAUAAUCGAUUGGCACAACUUUGGCUACACGAUCCUGGCCCUCAAGCUCGGCGACGCCCACCCGCUCGUCCGCCUCUCCCAGCGCUACGAGCGCUUCUUCGGCCAAUACGCGACGGCGCACCUCUGCGUCACCAACGCGAUGGCCACCGUCCUCGCACGAGACCUCGGGAUCCGUCGUGCCCCGAUCCUCCCUCUCCACGACCGGCCCGCCGACCACUUCCAGCCGAUCUCCGACCCCGCCGCGCGCGCCGCCUUUCUCCGCUCCCUCCCGCAGACCGAGCCCGUGCGCCCGCUCCUCGCGACCAACGCCCUCCGCGUCCUGGUUAGCUCCACCUCCUGGACCGCGGACGAGGACUUCUCCGUGCUCAUCGAUGCCCUGUGCCGAUACUCCGCGCUGGCGCGGCAGCAGCAGAGCAGCCCCUCAGAACUCCCCGCCAUCCUGGCGAUCAUCACGGGCAAAGGACCCCAGAAGGAGAUGUAUCUCCGGCGCAUUCGGGAGCUGGAAGCAGCGGGGAGGCUGGAGAAGGUGACGAUCUGCACCGCGUGGCUGAGCAUGGAGGACUAUGCGCGCCUGCUGGCGUCGGCGUCGCUGGGCGUCAGCCUGCACACCAGCAGCAGUGGCGUGGAUCUGCCCAUGAAGGUCGUGGACAUGUUCGGCGCCGGGUUGCCGGUGGUCGGGUGGAAUCGGUUCGAGGCAUGGCCCGAACUCGUGACGGAGGGGGUCAAUGGGCUUGGGUUCGGGAGCUCGGAGGAGCUGGUGGGCCAUCUCGUGGAGCUGUUUAAAGAUGAUACGAAGCUGGAACGUCUGCGGGACGGGGCUCGCAAGGAGAGUGCCCGUCGUUGGGAUGAUGAGUGGAAUCCCGUGGCGGGGAAGCUGCUGGGGCUGUAUUAGUGCCAUUACCGAUAUAAUCAAUACAUAUAGCAAUUUAUUCCUUCUU